GUGCCCUCUAGCCUGUGAGCAGAGCCGUGGGGACCCCCAGCCAGAGGAUCCUUGGCUGUCGGGGCCAGCUGGAGGACCCCCCCCCCCUCCGCGUCUGGCUGGAGCAAAGGGACUGUUUGGAAGCAGUGUUGACCUGAGCCGUGGGGCGUGGCCAGGAGUCUCCGGCGCAGACUCUUCUGUUGUGCUUGGUUGAAUGUUCCCAUAAUCCCUGCUCUGCCGCAGGGGGUCAGCACUUUAUGUGGAGUCAUGAGCAGCUGUCGUGAGACCAUGGGCUGGUCCGAGUCGGUGGUCCUUUCCCGGCACAGGGCAGCCACCUCUAACCUGGACCUGGAGAGCAAGAAAACACCCCACUCCAAAUUGCCAUGGCAACAGCCUGUGAACGUGUUCCUGGCCGCAGGCAGGUCACCCUGCGUGGAGGAGCUGCACCAGGAGGCCCAGUUCAAUCUCCAGAGCUUGCUACAAGAGGAGUAUGAGGAGCAGUACACAGAGGCUAGGGUCACUGGUCAGACCUUCCGCUAUGCCAGCCACCUGCCCCUGGACACGCCCGCUGACCCCUCUCCCAGGCCUCUGCCCACCAAGCGCCUGGAGUUCGUGUUUAUGCCCGCAGCUCGGCAAGUGAAUGAGGACGAGGCCACCACACUGGGUGUGAGGCCCCCAGAGCCAUUUCUGAGCCUACCCACCACCCCAGACAAGCAGCCAGCCUGGACCCGAGCCUUCCCUUUGCCCACCGUGGAGGAGAAGAGGUGGCACCAAUCCUGCUCCAUCCAAGCCAACAUUGUCCCCAUCAAUGUCUCUGGACAGCAUUUUGAUAGACACGCGAGUGCGCGGCACUCCUUGUUUAACACAGAGACCGCGGUGAACCCCAAGUCCACGCUGCGGCGGAGACGGACCAUUAUCGGAUUCCCUAACCUCACGCUGCGAGACCAAGGCAGCAGCAACGGCCCCACGUUCAUGCCGCACACGACCAUAGGGGAGUCGGUCUCCUGCAGCUUUGUCCCUGAGGCUGCAAAUGGGAAGAGCGUGUCCCGGCAGCCCUGCACCCCGCAGACCCUAGCAGCGCCACUGAGAAAGACAUUCAGUGACCUCGGGGGAGGCCUGCAGGCACGCUGCUACCAGCCUCCUGCCAGGAUGGAGAGCACAACCAUGGCUUGCACCAGCCCUGCCUGCAAUGGGCAAAAGGACACCACCUUUUCCCCUCCCUGGAACACGGCUUCGUUCAACUGCUUGAGCCUGGCUGAGGAAGACGCAGUGUAUCCCUCACCCAGCGGCUCCCUGGAAUCUCCAGCCCUGGGCUCGCCUGAGCGCUGUGACGGUGCAGCCUCCUUCUUCAUCGCGAAAGACGAGCAGCCAGGAAGCAAUGGGCCCCAUGCGUUCCCCUGCACUGCUCCAGAGUCCUCACUGAAUGCUGCCAGCAGCCAGACACCUGAGGGGAGAGAGGCCAAGGUGACUUUGCUGGCUAGCGACGCAGAGGAGGCCACACCCUCCCGGCUGGAGCUGGGAGUCAGGGCCUGCCCCUUCCGUGAGAGGUCUCUGUCUGUGCCCACAGACUCAGGCUCGCUCUGCUCUGUGGACAUCACUUACCCUGAGAACAGGAGAGGCAGCGGGACCUACGCCCUGAGCUACCCCAGCGCCAGCUCUGAGGGCAGCACCAGCACGGACAACGUCUCCCUGGGGGUGGAGCAGGAUGCCCAGCGGAGGCGCCGCUCCAAGAGCAUCUCUCUCAAGAAGGCAAAGAAGAAGCCGUCUCCCCCCAUGCGCAGCGUCUCACUGAUUAAAGACGGGCAGGGUCUCAGCACAGAGCUUGGCACAGCGCUGCCAAAGGAGCUGCGGCCCAAGAGCCUUUGUCUCCCCUUAGAUCCUCAGGGCUGUGGCAUGGUGCCCACAGACACCCAGGGUAACACAGCAGUGCCUCCUGCCAGGGACCUGGAUGGCGGGCAUUUAUCCCAGCACUGGUGCCUCGCAGACUGGAAAGCCAGCGAUCCCUACCGGUCCCUGUCCGGUUCCAGUACUGCCACAGGUACCACUGUGAUCGAAUGCACGAAGACUCAGGGCAGCUCCGAGUCCCUCCCCUCCCCCUCCAUUUCCAGGGCCACCACGCCCUCCCAGCUCUCCACGGAAGUGGAGCUAAAGAUCUCCAACACGGGGCAGCCCGCAAGGCUGAUGUCCCCCUCUAGUGGCUACUCCAGCCAGUCGGAGACCCCAACACCCACCAUCCCCACUUCGGCGAUUCUCGGGCACUCUCCCCACCAGACCGUCAGGGUGAGGCCGCUGGUGCCCGAAAGGAAGUCCUCCCUGCCCCCUCCAUCACCCAUGGAAAAAAGCCCCAAGUCCCGGCUCUCCUUCGACCUGCCUGUCACGCCGCUAAUGCACCUGGACCUUUCUGGGCUGAAGAUCUCACUCAAGGGGAAGACCAAGGUGAGCCGGCAUCAUUCAGACUCCACCUUCGGGACCAAGCUUGGCCCAAAGACAAGCCCAAUCCAGCCCGUCAUGCCCAUGGUCACCCAGUCGGACCUGAGGUCCGUGCGCCUGCGCUCCAUCAGCAGAUCUGAGCCAGAGGAUGACCUGGACAGUCCAGACCAUGCCGAGGAGCAUGGGGGCGAUGCCAUACCACUUCUGGGAAGGAAAGCGAAGCCACCUGUUGCAGAGAAGCCACCACUGGCCAAACGGCCCCCAAACAUCAUGGCCAAGCCCCCGCCUCUGCAGGAGGAGACUCCCCUGGCAUCUCCCACCUCCCCACCCACGCCACAGGGCACCGCUGCCCAGGAGAGGGGACUGCAGGACAUCUACAUGGUCAUUCGGAAACCCAAGCCUAAGAGGAGCCCAGAAGCCAGGAGCCCCGGAGAGCCUCCCUCUCCGCUAGAGCCCUCCCAGGGCUGCCCAGGGAUCUUUUUCUCAGGAUUGCGGCGACUGUCCCAGAGCAGUGUGGAGGAGGAGCCCAGAGCCCAGCUGGAGAGGAGCGGUGCCCCCCAUGGGCCCGAGGGGGAGAAGAGGAAAGCCAAAGUCCCACCCCCCGUCCCCAAGAAGCCCAGUGUGCUGUACCUCCCGCUCACCCCUCCUCCGCCCCACCUGGGAGCCUGCCCAGGGGAUCCCAGGCUAACAUCCAGCCCCAUCAUCACCUUGCACGAAGACACCAGCUGCUGUGACCCAGAUGCAGACUACCUGCCAUCACCCGAGGCCAUGGAAAAGAACUCCAGCCCAUCAGCUGCUGCCACGCCUGGGGAGAUUCCUUCAGGCGAUUCCGUGGAGCUCAGCGCUGAUGAGAGGAGUUUUGUAAGUGACAAAACAGCUGAGUCGAUAGUGGAAGAGGACGACGAUGUAUUUGUGAUGACUCGUACGACAGAGGAUCUAUUUACCGUCAUUCACAGGUCGAAGAGGAAGCUGCUGGGCUGGAAGGAGCCAGGAGAUGCCUUUGGCAGCAGGCAGAAUUCUCACUCCCCAGUGAAGAACCCAGCCGGGCUCCCAGCCUGCGAGUCCCCCCCAGUGGGAGCUGGCCCCGGCAGAGCCUCCAGUCGGAAUGAAGACUUCAAGGCCCUGCUACAGAAGAAAGGCAGCAAGGCCAGUCCCGGGACUCGCACCUCCGCAGCAGAGCUUCUCAAGAGCACAAAUCCACUGGCUCGGCGGGUCAUGAUGGAGUUUGCCCCCGAGUUAGACAACCCAAGUGGUGCCAGAACCCAGCCCUGACCACCCAAGUUCAUCCUGGCCAGGGAUGGGUGGAGACAGCAUUGCUGGGAGUUUUAUGCUGGCUCUCCAAAGCCCAGCUUCAGCUGCAGGGGCUGCACUCUCCCAGGCUGGUGCUGUGAGGACAUCCUGUCCUGCUGGGAUUUAUAUCAUUUUUUCCUUUCUUUAUUGGCAAUUUACGAAUCUUUUUUGUGUCACCCUGGGGACUCCAGCAGAUGGAAGGUAAUUGUCUUAACUACAGAGCCCGUACCCCUGUGCAAUCGGCUACUGGCAUUGUUUCUGGUGGAGAUACAGUGGAAGGAGACGGCUGUGGAAUGGAGAAGGCAGACAUCGGUCAUCAUGAGCAGGGCCAUCAUCAGAUGAUAGUGGGCUUCCCAUUUAUUCCCAGGGUCCAAUGACAAAUGUGGACUUCCCUCCUGCUCUUUGGGGCUCUGCAAACGGACUCCAGUUCAGCCCCAGUUGUAACCUGGUGUCCACGACGAAGCUAGCUUGAAACUGUUUAGUCGUUUUGGCGUGUGGUACUUUAAAUGGCUUUGAUCAUGCGAAAUGUUGAUGAUGUUUUUUCUCUUUCAUUUGAUCUUGUAAUUUUCAUUCCCUGGGCAAAGUUCCCAGUGUUGAGUUGAGCUGAACAGAUGGAAAUUCCCGGCAGCAGAGACGGAAAGGCCAGUUAGAAUGUAGGUUGCUUUGGAAGAACCGAGAUGCUUCAGACUCAUUGUUCAACCAAAGCAACCCUCAGUCACUCAUUGGCCAGUUCUAACGCUCUUCUGAGAGCUUCCACCAUCAACUCGAUGCCAGCUGCCAGCUCCCUGCAGGGAGAAACUGGGUCUGUUGUCAGCCAAAAGGAAGGAACAUCCAGCACUGAUAAUCAGAGAGGGAGCAAGCCAAGGCUAGGCCCAGCCCUGCCAUGAGUGCUGUGUGCUCAGCCCAGUGGGAAUCUGUCUGGGCACAAGGGGCCACAUGCUCUUAGCAGGACCAAGGCCUGAAAUGGCAAGUGCCUGGGGCAAACGGAUCCUUGGUGUAGCCUGGCUACCCUUGGGAUUCUGUUCAGGAUGACUUUGGCCCAGCCAAUCUACAAAAGGAAGUGCUUUUCUGCAAAGGAAAUGUGAAGGUUGAAGCAACUUGCUGAAGACCGACUUAGCUAGAUGCACUUAGCAAGUCAUUGGCAAAAUGGCUUGUGUCUCCUCUGCUGGCUCUGUGUGUCUUAUAGGAUUGAAGGGCAUCAUAGGAGGCCACGGACUCAACCUCACCAGGAAUCUUCAGAGCCUGGUUCCUCCUGCCCCUGCUGGAAACAGUCUAGAGAGUCUAUGGUCCUACUGGCAUGGAGCACGGGAGAGACCCACAGCAUGGUCCUCCCUGUCCAGACACCAAGCAUUCCAGAGACAAGUCCCGGGAAGUUCUGCCCAAACCAUAUUGUAGCUGGCCUUGAGGAAAGAGACCAUUCCUCUCCUGUGAAUCAGAUGAGAGUCGUGUAUCAGGAGGUGCUAGGCAUGGCUUAUUUUCCUUCCUAAGACAAACUCUUACCUAUCAAUCUGAUUUGACCUCAGCUAUCUCGCACCGGCCUGCCUGCCUUCCCUCUAGUAUAUCUGAGGAGUCCGUCACCUUGCUCACAAAACACACUUUACUCAUGCUCUGGUGUGUCCCUCCAAUGCAGGCAGGCUGCCGUUCGGUGGAGUUACGUCUGGGCUGAGCCAGGCGCCAUGUUCCUGUGACACAGGACCAUUGUAUGUGCGCACAGCUGGGCCAUCCUGCUCCAUGCACACUUGUCACAUGCACACUUGUCACAUGCACAGUGGGUGGCUGCUGCUGUGACAAGGAUGCACAAAUCCUGGCCGGGUUAUGUACAGGCUGCCUGGCAGCAGCCCAACCCCGCCUUGAAUGCGGUGACAAUCACUGAAGAGCUGAGGCCCCAGCCCGCUUCCAUCCCCAGCCCCCAACACACACUCAGGCAGUGCCCUACUCCCUAUUGGCACUUGCACUGCAAGCCCCUAGGCUGGCUGGCCUGCUUCCUGCUAGACAGCUUUGGGUUGUCUGAGAGGUGCCUGAGCCAUAACUGGAUUUCAGACCCCUCCAAGGUGAGGAGUGUUGGGUCAGGGGUUUGCUCUGGCCCCAUUCUUGGCUUUCAGAUAACAGAUUCCCCUCUCCUGAGCUUCCUCCUGGAUCGAAUACAAAAUGCCUCCAAAUCACAACAGGCCUUUCACAAGUCCAAUUUCUGUGAAUGCAUCUGUCAGGUUCCCCCCAUCACACGCAUAGCGCUGUGAGCUUCCUCGCACGCGGCCCCUGUGCUCUCACGGAAGCAAAUCAGCAGUGGGUUUGGGGAAUUGCUCGCUUUAAAGCAAAGCUAUUGAAAUGUUUGCAUUGCUGAGUCGGGCCCGAUCCUGUGAGCACCCUGCACUCCUGGUGACUCGGCACCUUACAGAGUCCCAAGGACCUGUAUUGAUAUUUUACCAAAUGAGAUGCUUUCCCCAGCCUGCUUUCCCCUCACUCCCUGUCAGUCCCGAGAGCUGCUGGCGCAGGAACACACUGAGCAAAGACAGCCAGCCUGCUCACUUAAUAUUUUUAACAUAAUAAUAAUAAAAAUGGGGGGAAACAACCUGCCAGUGCUGUGAUCAAAGGUGCAGCUGUCUGCUUCCCGUCAGCCCCCCUGCCAGGCUCUGGCAUGCUCCGUGCAAGGAGCACAUAGCAGGAGAUGGGGUGAUGGCAGCAUGGAAGGAGCCAGCAGCACAUUCAUCUGAGGGCAGCCCCCAGUCCUCAGCAUGCCCCCGGAACUAGCUGCUGGGUCUGAUUCCCUAGGCAGCCCUUCUGCAGCAGCUGGGGGAUCCAGGCCCUGGGGAGACGCCCGGAAGGAGUGGGCAGCAAAGGGUGAUCUUGUCCCUGUUCUAGUUAUAUAGCACUUGCUAUGCAUGACGCUUUGCAGAGAGGCAGAGACAGUGGACAAGUGUGUGAGGCUACAGGGGUGCAGAGAGAACUCCCUGCUGACAGGCCAGGAUGCUGCCACAACACUGAGAAAGAGCCAGGGUCAGCGCGAGCAGUGAAUUGUUCUGGCUACACCUAGUGGCAAAAGGAAGGAAAAGCAGACAUCAGGCAAAUCCAUGAGUAGUUAGGAAAGGCCCAGAGACUGAGUCCUCUACAGACCAGAUCUGGGUCUGCUCCUGAACUAGACAUCACAGCUAGGCCAAGUAAUAACUAAAAACAAGGCAGGUGAAUGUACUGGGAACCUGGAUUCUGCUGAGAUCCACGUGCUUUCCUGUGACUGUGCGUAGGCCAGACUUGUGAGGAGUGGGAAAUCAGUGGGGCAACGAAGUCAGAGCUGACCUGCUGUGAUAGGGUUAUUUAUUCUGGUGCAGCACAACUCUGCCUGGUAAUUUUGAGGCUGCUGUUUGUGUAAGCAGAGCAGUCACAAGGGGGCCGUUGUUGGUAGGCAUUUGGCAAUGGCCAGGCACUCAGGAAAUGCCUCACAGAUACAAUGUCCCAGGGAUUGUAACACCAAGGUUUAUUCACCCUGCAAAAGGUGUGAUUCCUGAGUCACCUGCUUAAAUAGUUCGUCGUCGAAUCAGAGAGUAAAAACACUGCCAUGUGACUUCGGUGGUGCCCAGUCUCAAAAACGAGGUCAAGCCAGUCAGGUAGCCUGGGAGUGACCUCCAGUUUGGGCAUCGUCACAAGCAACAAACCAGCUCCUAGAAUAGGGCUCAGGGCUCGCAAACCAGAGAGUCAGUUCCAGGGAUCCCCACUCAGCCAGCUCAGCUCAGCAGCAGCAUUUCAGGGGCGCUUGUGCAAACCUAUUCUUGGUCCCGUUCCCACGAGGAGGGCCAUGCGCUCGCCUUGUGCUGUCCCUGCACCAUGGCUCUGGAUGGGACGGAAUCACAGCAGUAACCUUCAUGUCUAUGUUUUGUGCAAUGUCCGUGCCUGGCAUCUUCCCACUAGCAGCCCCAGCAACAUGGGGGAGACAGUCUGAUUGUUCUAACAGGUGCAUUACAGCUGUGCUAAUGGGAUGGGAAGUGCUCCGGGCUCUGACCCUAUCCAGGCUUUUCUUUGGAAUCUCUCCUUCCAUUGCUAAGAAUUAAACCCCCCAAAGCUAGCCAAGUUAGCCAAUUGUACUGUAAAUCCUAAAACCUACUGCCAGGAGCUCCCCACAGACAGGCCCCGGGCAUGUCAGGAGGUGUUAGUAACCAAGUUAGUGCCUGCGUGUAGCCGCAGUGUCAAGUGGGGGCCAGGCACCGAAGCCCGGCCUAGAGUUCGGAGGGCAGUGCACUCAAAAUAGCUGGCCUCUUCUGCCGCACCUGGUGCCAUGGCAACACCACUAGUUUUAGCAUGCCUACUUGAUUCCAGCUAGCACAGGUCUGGCUGCCUCAACUAGAAAUUCCUUCUCAGCUCCAGUAUAGAUAUACCCACAAAGACACCAUCCACGAUCCACACACAACACAGUGUGGGCCAGCUGCGGGUGGGGCAAGGCAGGCAGAGAUUCACGUUACAAACAGCCCCAUUCAGAGUCCAGCAUUCGCCAAAGGGGAAAACUAGAGAUGUGCUCAAAAGCAAAGUCCAGAUCCACCAGGCCGAGACUCCUGGGGCUGGCCCUGGCCUCUCAGGCCCUGUUCUAGACAAAACAUAUAAACACAGUAUUUGGAAGUGAGUCUCACAAACUGUGGGGCACAAACCACAGCAUGAAUAACUGGCUUGACCAGGGGGCUCUCAGCCCCUGCCAGCCAAUCUGGUAGCAGCAGGACUUGCCUUGCUCAUUUACCUGUCCCAGUUUGCAGAGUCUCCACUGAAAUCCAGGGCUUCUCUAUCUCAACAUUUCCUAAUUUGACUUCAGGGCCAGACCUUCACUGGCUCAGAGCUCACCAUGGUCCCUGGAGGAUAGAACAUUUCGGCUGGAAGCUGCCAGGGUGUGAGGCACCAAUAAGAACCUUGCAUGGCCCAUACACAUCUACCUGAUCCCUAAUGAUCAAACCGUGACUUGAGGGACACAGGGCAGUUAGUUGUUGCUGUCUGAUGACUAUCGGGUGCACAAGAACUUGACAUUUAAUGGAGGAGUUUUGAAAAAAAAAAACACCCUGGAAUUUGCUUCCUUCUGUAUUUCUCUAAAUACCAAUGUGCUGUUGUGUCUGACCCCUUGCACGUGGUAAAAGGAACUCAUCGCAGCAAGCAAGCACACGCCCAGCAGCUCCUCCAGCUCAUUCAGGACCGGCUGAGGCAAAACAGGCAUGGGAUAUCCGAGAGUGAUGCCCUGCCAUGAGUGGCCUUCCCUUUGGAAUGUGAUGGUACAAGAAGGACCCUGCGGCAGACCAUGGUGAACAACAGUGACUCAAGGUCCUGAUCCUGUCACACUGAUUCCAGCAGGAGCAGUGGCACUUAGCACCAGAGCUGGCUGAAUAAUGCAAAGAGCUGCGAUAUUUUCACAGACAAAAACGCUGUGUUUGGGGGGCCGUUAUUGCCAGCUGGUGAAGAUUUAGAUUCCAGUGGGGUAUGUGGGAAGUCACCAGUCCUGUUGGCACCAUGCAUUUCGGUACAGGUAGGGAGUUUUGAUAGUCAUGCAGGUGAAGGUCACGUUAAGUGGUGGGUGCUAUUCUGUUUUAAAAGUUUCAGGUAUCCAAUCAGAGUCAAAAUGAUGCCAUGUGACUUCAAUGACCAGUCACACCCCACGAAUAACAACUAGUGGCUAGUUACAGUAAAGAGCUCGCAACCAAGCUGGAAAUCUUUAGUCCAAACUAAUCAGCAAAUCUUUGUGAAGGCCAGAAACCCAGGAACCGCUUGUGAACUGGAAAAAGGGCUAAAUUCACAAAGAAUCAUUCGACCCGCUUCCCUCAGCACCCCCAGGAUCUGUUCAGAAUCGUGCCCUUUCCGCAAGUUCUUAGGCUACUCACCUAUCAGCCAGGCCAGGGGAUAGCAAAUGUUUCCAUCUGCACGGCAUGCACCAUGGGGCAAGGCCCUGUCGAGUGGACACUCCACGGACACUCUGCAGUGAGCACUGGUGUUAGCUUUAUGGCAGCCCUCAGUCCAUGAACAACUGUGGAUUGUAACAUGAAGCUAAAAGCCCACCCUUCUGGGAAAUUUCAUGCCAAAGGGUUUCCUGGCUUACCAGUCACUGUUUGCUAUCUCUCCUUGCUGUACCUGACCAUGCAAGGUGCUGGUCCUGUCACCAGCACAGCAGCUGCCCUGGACUGAGCUCUGGUGAUGUGGUAUGUCUCUGGAAAAGCAACCAAGCUGGUGUCACAGGCUCCUGUGUUGAAAUGAAUGAACAGUCCCUCUCUGGCACGGGUGUGGUACGUGAUUGACACAAUGAGCCUGUUUCUGUUCUCUGUUUAAUGGGUUGUACCCAGCUGACUGUGCUGGCCUGGUGUCUGUGUGAGGAGAAUCAGGCCCCUGCAGCUGUGUCAGGAAACCAGGCUCCAAACUCAGUGCAGAGGGAGCUGGGGUUGUGUCCAUUCAGCAGGGAGGAAAUGGGGGAGUCAGGCUGUGAAAAUGGCAGGCCCAUCUGUCCUCAGCACCAGGGGGUUCUUGCAGCCUGGGAAGAUGACACGGGGGUGGGGCUGUGAUCAGGCUCGGUUUUCACUGCCACUCUCAGGUGAAUAGGCUGCUGAAUCCAGCACUGGCGAGAGUUCUGAGCUCCAGUCCCCAGCAACAGCCCCACUGCAUCUUACAAGUUCCAGUCCCCUGCGAGCUGAGGGGUCCACACAGCAUGGUGAUGGUGUCCAUCUUUGCAGUGCUCCUGGUGGCCACUCACAUGGCCUACACCUGUGGCCAGUUCUGAGCCCUGGGAUGCAGACAGAGGAUCGGUGCCUGACCCACCAUUCUGGGGAAGGGAAUAACCCUCGUUGAGUGGCUGUAGCAGAACCUGAACUGGAUUCUGGGAUGAGUUUGGGGGGGUGCCCCAGUUCCAGUUGAGAUCUGACAAAAUCUGGGUGUCUUGCAUUUGGUGUUGGACAGUUUUCUCCCCACUCUGAUUUGACUGAAGCAGCACUAGAGAGUCAUCUUUGGGGGACCAGUCUGUAGAGCAAACUUCUACUCUUAGACCCAGUCCUAGAACCUCCACUGCUUUCCUGGGAACACAGCUCACCCAGAGCAGAGAGCCAGCUGUUCUCCCUUGGCAGGGAAGUCCUGCUGGAGAAGCACCAGGCUUUCUUGUGUUUACACCUCGCUCUGUCUUUAUCCCAGGGGAAGCAUUACUGGCCCAUUUUUACCAAGAUGACUUUGUACUUUGCUCUAAAGGAGGCUCAGCGCUUCAUGCUGCCAGUUCUGUUUUCUUUAAUUACAUGUUACUCCUUCCGUUGUCAUGGAUUUGCAGAAUUUCAGCCUGUAAUUAACAUCCAGGCUGAGAAACUCAGGAAAAAUAGAUCAUAAAAAUUUCUAAGCUUCACUGUUGUUUUUUCUGCCUCUGCCACCAAUAGUCUUCAACCUGCUGUCUCCACAAGAAAGACUUCAGAUGCCACUGAGGCUGAAGAUUCUCCCAGCUGCACGGUAGUAUCUGUCUCCCAUCGCAGACCCCCUCUCUCUGGAGUUCACAUCCCACAUGUUCCUGGAGAUGGAUUCAGUGGCCCAGAAGGACUUUCCCAUCUCUGUCCCCUGUGUAUCUGAGACAUGGAAUGUGACUCACAAAGUUCUUAUGUCACAUGAAGCGAGGUGAGCCAAUCACUGUGCUCUGUUGAAUAAGCGCGCCUGCCUCCAUGUUAUAAAGUGCCACGUGUAAUCACAGCCAUGUUGAGAAGGCAAGUGAAGAGUCACUAUACACACAUCAGUCAGCUGGGUCUGUCACCAUGCCAUGGGCUCCUGCUGUUCACAGGGUUGCUCACUCCAGUGUCAAGGAGCUGGCUUAUUUACCUGGUCUCAUUUAUGUUGACUGGGUCCAAGCAGCAUGGGUUGGGGCUUGAAAUAUGGCCCAGCCAUUGGUCUAUGCCUAAUAUCUCUACCUUGAAAGGAAGGCAAAAGACACAGCUCUGGAGCUUCCUGUUGGAUUUGCUAGAUGGCUCCUCCAGGGCAGAGUUUAGAACCACUGCUCUUCAUUUCAAUCUCAAUCUCCUGCUGAGGCCCAUAUCAGCCCCCAAUUAAGGCCCCAAUUUUAUUUUGACACCAAAGUGGUGUCUGGCGUAGGAAGAACAGGUGAGAUGGGAACCCAGAUUUCUUUUGGAACUGCUACCCGCCUGGGAAUGUGCCAUAGCCCUUCUGCUGCCAGCAUCCCCUCAUUCAGUCAGUGGAACAAAUGAAGAAUGAUUCCUUCGCCCUAUUAACAUGCUGUUGACCAAUUAGAAUGUAGUCUGAGGUCAUCUGAUAUUCCUGCUCAGUUCCAGUAGCUGGAUUUGUGGCUGCGAAAACCAGCACCACCUGGGUUCCAGUCCUUGAACAACUCGAACAGUAUGUGCAAAGUUGUUAUACAAUGAGCUUCAUAGAUGCCUCCGCAUUUCCACAGACAUUUAUUCCUCAGUUGUCUUUUGGCCAGGCAGAAACAUAAGCCUUAGUAGAAGCAACAUGUCCUUAGUGAAGUGUUGCAUAUUGCAGGGUAAAAUCUGAGUGCUUAACAAAUAACUUGUUAAAGAGAAGCUACUGCUGGAAUUUAUGGUCAAGAAAAAAUGCCAAUAACCAUGUACAGUAUUGCACACGAUUGCUCAGGAAAAAGAUGCUACACACAGCAGUUAGCAAUGGCUUUGUAUGACGUGACUGAAGCGUGAUUUUUAGCACUUGGAUUGUAAGUGUCCUGCUAGAAAGGGACUUUGCAAAGCAAUUCUGAUGAAAAUAGCUGCUUCAGAAAAAGAAUCUUCCCUUGAUUUUCUUCACUAUCAAAAACUCACUUUUUUAAAACAAAAAAAUAUAUAAUAAAAGUUUGAAUCUCCACAUCCCAGCCUUAAAAACCUGUGGGUGAAAUCCUGGCUCUUGUGAAGUCACUGGGAGGUCUGCCCUAGACUUCAGUGGGGCCAGGGCAUCCCCCACACAAUGCUUUAACAGAGAACGUGGCUCUUGUUUGCCAAGUUCAACGUCUGCACCUAGGAUAGAACUGUCUCUUUGCAGAUCUGGAGCACUACAGGGAAUUAAUUGGACUGCUAGGGAUGGGUUUCCUCAUACACCACCCAACUGAACUUAAGAUGAAAUUCUCGGAUUGGUUCUGUGCAGCAAAGACUGAAGUAAGCCCUAUAAAUAUAUAGGACUUGUUUGUCCUAAGUGGGCCAGCCAUGGGCAAGAUGAAAAAAUGUGAACUAUUUUUGAGUGUUAUGCAAACAUUCCCCUACCCCCACCCCCCUGUGUAAGUGGCCUCUUUUGCAAUGUCAGCCCAAUCGCUGCCCCUGGACAGCCCUCAGAGAUGGGGAAACCACAUUUUUAUAUUUCUGAAUGUUGUACUUUUUAACUAUUGCAAGCUUGUUAAACUCCAUUAACUGUCAGA